ACACGGAACACCUCAGGUAAGAUAUGUUCGAUAAAAAUAAGGUCAAUGUAUGGAUCCAAUUGGGUGAAAUUGAAGUAUGCAAUUGCAGAGAGAUCCGUCGGGGCUAUGACGAGUCUGAAUCCUCUAACGAAGAUGCACAGGUCGUCGAGCGGUUCAAGAGUCUCGGACGAGUUCUCGACCAAGAUCAACUCAUCAUCAUCGACAGAGGAAGAGGAACAGCUAGAGUUGCCCACAUACCAUCCCCUCUCCCACGUUGCCAAGAAGGAGCGAUCCCGUCUCAGAUCCGCCGAGAACGCCAUCCAUUUCAUCCCUCUCGUCCUCUUCCUCUGCGUCAUCAUCCUCUGGUUCUUCUCCACUCCAGAAUCAAGAGUUUGAAAACUGUCCAUAUAAUUGCUUGAAGAUUUUUCCUACUUUAGUGGAGCUGGGCUUCAACACAACGAAGAUACUGCCUCGUCAAGACCUCAACAUCAUAGGAAAACGAGUUCAAAUGAUGGCCCUCAUCACUGAAGAGGUCUUUCAUAUGAGAAAGCAUUAUUGCUUUCAAAUGUCAAUGAAAGCGUACUUUUUUUACUUUGUAUAAUACUUUUGCAGUUUGUGGCUUUUCUUUUUAAGAUGCGAGUUUGUAGCUUUGUUUACAUAUUGUAUGAGACCAAAUGCCAGAUUAUUAACCAUUGACAUUGAUGAGAAAUAAGACAAUUAGUUUACCGAUGUCA